CCUCUCCUCCUCUUCUGACAGGCGAAGGUGGCCAUGCUGGACAACCUGAGUGAGAUCGAGGUGGCCUACAACCUCUUGAAGUCUGAGGGCGACGAGGACAAGGACGCCGACCCGAUCGACAAGCACUACCGCAAACUCAACACCAAGAUCGAGGUGGUGGACAGGAAGUCGGACGAGUUCAGCAUGAUCAAGAAAUACGUCAGCAACACCCACGCAUCCACGCACGGAUAUUAUAAGCUGGUGGUCGAGGAGGCAUUCAAGAUCGAGAGAAGCGGAGAGAAGAAGCGCUUCAAGCCGUUCAAGCAGCUCCACAACCGCAAGCUCCUCUGGCACGGCUCCAGGCUCACCAACUUCGCUGGCAUUCUGUCUCAGGGUCUAAGAAUUGCACCGCCAGAAGCGCCCGUCACUGGCUACAUGUUUGGUAAAGGUGUCUAUUUUGCCGACAUGGUGUCCAAGUCUGCAAACUACUGUUGCACCUCGCAGUCACACCCAACGGGUCUCAUCCUGCUCGCAGACGUCGCGCUUGGAAACAUGUACGAGCGCACCCACGCAGAAUACGUCGAAAAGCUACCCAAGGGGAUGCACAGUACAAAGGGCCUGGGCAGCACCUGCCCCGACCCCAGCGAGAGCAUCACCCUGGACGGGGUGGAGGUUCCGCUGGGCAAGGGCAUCCAGGCGCCCAUCGGGAACACCUCGCUCCUCUACAACGAGUUCAUUGUGUACGAUGUGGCGCAGGUCAAUGUCAAGUACCUCCUCAAGCUCAAGUUCGAUUACCAGUAUUAAGGUGCAGCUGUUGGUUCCGUUGGUUGGGCGUGAAGGGCCGGCCGGGGGUGGUUUCCUGCUGUUCUUCAUUUUUUUUCUCCUUGGUUAGCUCUGCUGUUGUUAGAGAGAGGAGCCAUUCCCUGUUUUAUUUUUUUUAUUCAUUUUUUAUAUUUUUUGUUUUGUUUUGUUUUAACAGUAUUUGUUGUAUUUGUUUGUUAAUAUUUUCCUUUUUUUUAUGUAGUAGCAAAUGGAAUGUCUGCAAAGAAAACAUUUGUAGAUUAAGUGAAUUACCAAGUUCCUCAAGAAAAGAGUAAGUGGUAAUUAAUGUCGCUGACUGAGGUAUUGGCUACAGAGGCAGAAGACGUAGGCCUAUUAAACCAGUGGGAGUUCAUGGCAGAAAGGCUUUAAAUCUGAUAGUAAAAUACAUUCCUUUUAGUUUACUUGGCUAUAAAGUUUAUCGAGUGAUUGACCUGGAAGUGGACAGCAAUGUUAGAUUUUGUCCAGUUGUGAGGUUGUAAGAUUUAUUGCUGGAUCUGUCUUGGAUUUGAUUUGAGUGAAUUGGACUUGACAGGGAAAAUAAAAUCAAAAUUUGUUUUCCGCAGCUUGGUGGAACACUCCUUGUCGUAAAAAAAAUAAAUAAAUAAAUAAAAAAUAGAUUUGCACCAGAGACACAGAACUACCAAUGUCUCUCAAAGUGUUUUUAUUUUUUUAAUUUGGUAUAAGAAGUUCAUAAUAGUCUUGCUAGAAUAUUGUAGAAAGAUGUAGUUUCACCCGUUUUAGUAAAGAUGCUCGUCUGUUUUUUGAAAUGGCUUCAGAACAAAGAGAAAGGGAAAUAUGGAGAAAUUUUUCCCUUUUGAAAUAUUUUCUCAAAGUGGAAGCAAAGUUGAUCUGUUCCUUUUUUUUUAUGUAAAUAUUUUGUUAUUUAAUAGAAGCUAUGCUGAAUGUUCUUCUUUUAGGAUGUUUUUUUGUUGAUUGUUUUUUCAGGAUAUCUGUAGAUCCUUAGUACCAAAUCUAUGAAUGAAUAUAAAAGAGAAAAUUUUGUUUGCAUAUGUUUUGAUACACAUUAACAUAUGCCUGAAAAAAUUUAUUCAUCUAUGGGUGUGUGACAAGUGUUUGCACCCCCCCCCCCCCCCUCCACCCCCAACCCACUACACGUAAACACACAUACAUACAUACACCCAGCAGACAUACACAAAUAGACUUGCACACAGAUAUAGACAAACACUCACAAGCAUUCGCAUACGCAUUCAAAUGUGUAUGUGUGCGUGUGUUCCAUAUAAAUAUUUUGUGUUAUAUUUAACAAAAGGAAGAGUAUUGUGAUAAACUUGUUGAUUUACUCUGCAUAUGUACAAGAAAAGAAAAAAAUCUUUGUAUUUGAAGUUAAUCUAAAUGGAAUGAUUGUUUUAUUAGCCUGUUUUUCCAAAUCUUUUAUGUAAGUAUGACCGUAGGUUCUAGUAAUAUAAGGUAAUCUUUGCCAUUGC